CGUCCAUACCGCGAUAGGGAAACUGUGAAAGCCUUUCUGGAAAUCUGGGAAACAACAAAUGACAUGUGACGACUUGAAGGACGACUGUCGACAACAAUUCUUUCAUACUUUUACGAAAACUGAUCACAACAAAUAACAACAAACAGCAGGUGUGGCAAAUCACCCAGUCGAACACCAAAGCAAUUUGCCUCGUCUCGGCCGMGAUGCUUGCGUUUCUUUCACCAUCAACCCAACAAAUCAACAAUGACAUCGUUGCAAUACAGAAUGAAUUCCCAGAGACCUCUACCAAUUCCGACAAUCGCGGGCAUGCCUGAGGCGGGGRUCCCAUCAAUAGAUGAAUCGGGGAMGCCGCUGACAGAAGAGGAGACAAGCUCGUGCGGUCCAGAAGACGACUCGUACGCGUUCCAGAUAUAUCUAUCCGCCAAAGAUGGACUCCGGAGAUUGAUUCGAAAGAAAAGCGAUGGCGACAACAGCAGCGACAGAAGCAGCAGAACUGUCGACGCGCUCGGAAGGAUAGUUACAAGGAGCUCCUCCAGCGAAGGCAACGCAUUGUUCGGGUACCGCGACUACGACGACGACGUUGCCUGCUCGGUAUCUCCGUUCCAGUGCAGACCACUAGGCCACGCUGGAAACACGGGAAACGYAGAGAGUGCACUCGCCCUGCUCGCCCUCCAAUGUAUAGCUAUCGUCACCGCUACUUCUGCCAUAUCCGUAGGAGGUGAAAUCGGGUACAGGAUGCUUCCCAAUGGAGACAACGAUCAACCGAAGACAUGCAAAGUAGCCAGCAAUGGCAGCAAUCAUAUUGGCACCGGGCAAAAGCAGUGGCGGAAUCAUUUCGUCAGGAAAAAAWUUGGGGUUACGUUCCUUGCGACAGCACUGGUUUCCUCCGCUGCUCUUGGAGCGUAUUUCGGGAUACAGGACCCGGGAGAGGAAGAGCGGCUCUCCUUGUUGCUUUCUGCAAACAACGACAAUAGAACUGCCCCCUUUCGCGGGAACCUCACGGGAACACCCUUUGCGGGUGGGGGAAGCGCCCACACUCCGCAUACUGCAACAGGUGGCUUUGGAAACAKCGAGAACCUCGGGAGCGGCGAAGAAGAAACGAAGAAUGCCCGGCUCCAAUUUCUGGUAGUCAAACUCUCCCCCAUUGUGUCCGAGAUUUCCGAGCUGGGGGGCUACGACCUUCUUGAUUACAUCUCCAGCCGGCGGAACGACGACACCAUCGUGUUCAAGGGAUCGCCGCAGCACAGCGCGCUGGCGUGGCUAUCCCGCGCGGUGCGCUGCCGCCGCAGAGAAACAGCGACAGCCACAACGACAACUACAAACACACCCUUCCGCGGAGGAGAAGGUCGGCUUCGUCCCCCCGACUAUUACCAACUACGGUACGAAUGCGAGACAGCGCUUUCGCGAUCCCAAAUUGUCAAUCGAUACGUCCUAGCCACGAUGUAUUUCGCCUGGAACGGAAAGUUGUGGACGGACUCGGAGGGUUGGAUGUCCUAUGAUUCCUUCCGAGAGGACUCUGUUCAGCCCACAACUAGGUCGAGCAAUUCCUCCUCCCAAACCACCAUACUUCCACCAAACAUGGCUUCCCACUUCCAUCACCCGAAUGACAUUUGCAGUUGGAAGGGAAUUACCUGCCGUCUCGAACAAACAAUAGGCGGUGUCGCUCCCAUUGCGCUCGAUGGUCAAGGCUCGAGCGAUAAUAAAGGGAGCGAGACGGAACGAGAAACAGGUGCAGAAAGAAGCGACGAGAACAUCGUCGAGCUCUCGCUGCCGGGAAACAACCUAAUCGGCUUGCUGCCGCGUGCCAAAGAGAUCCGGUUGCUCUCAGAGCUGGAGGUCCUAGACCUGUCCGGGAACCACCUCGGGGGAACGAUUCCAGAGGAAAUCGGGCGACUGGCCCGGCUGAGGGAGCUCCUUUUGCAGGGCAACAGACUGUCGGGUGUCCUGCCUUCUGCCGUCGCGGGGACUCGGCUGGACGUGGCUCGGCUCGAAGAUAAUCUGCUGGCUUCCGGCCUGGACCGCCUCCUCCUUUCGCCACCCUGCGAAGAGGCGCCAAGGGAGUUUUCCGCUGAUUGCGCGGGGCGAAAACCAAGGGUAGCCUGCCCCUGCUGCACGCUGUGCUGCGGUGCCGCUCCUAGUUUGGAGAACGCCAAGGAAACGGAAACCAUUGUUUGCUCGGAAUAUCAAUACAACAAUCCAUCGACAUCCCUCACAAGCGAAGACGAAUUGAGAAUGACGCAAGAUAAUAUUUAGCAAUAAUGUAAUUUCAAUAGAUCAAUUAGUAAGGU